AUGGCUCUUGCAUUUUCUGCUUUAGUGGCUUUUAAAUUAUCCAGAAGGAAGACUGAUGAUACUUUGAAAUUGCUCCACACAGUCCUCUUUGGUAGGAGAGGGAAGGCAGUUCAGAUCAAGAGUAAUAUAUCAAGAUUUUCUGGUUUUGUGUGGCAUGAAAAUGAGGAAAAGCAAAUGACUAAAGUAAAAGAAAAAUUUGACAAGUGUAAUAAAGAUAAGUUACUGGAAUUCUGCGAUGUGCUUGACAUACCACUAGCGAAGGCAACUACAAGGAAGGAAGAUAUUGUUGCCAAGCUGAUUGACUUUUUGGUUGACCCUCAAGUGACAACAACUAUGCUUCUUGCAGAAAAUGAGAAGGGGAAAAAGCGCAAGCGCACAGCUAAACGAGGUUCAUCAAGAUCUGGAACCACAUCAAGACGAUCUGCGAAGAGUCAGAAGAAAAAUGAAGAUUCUUCAGUAGCGGAGGAGAGAAAGGAUACAACUGAGACAGAAAAUGAGUCAGAGGAGGAAGAGAAAAAGGAAGAAAAUGAGAAGGAAAAUGAAAAUGAUGUUCCUGACAAAUCUGAGGAUGAAAUGCCAGAGCAAUCUGAAAGUGACGACAAAAGUGAAUCUGAUAAUGAAUCUGAAGAUUUGAAGAAACCUAGAAAAAUUAACAAAACAUCAUCAACAAAGAAAGAAUCUGCUGCAAAAAGUACAAUAAGGAAAAUUACGUUCAAAACAAAAACUCGCUCGGCACCAAAGAGAAUUUCUAAGAAAUCAUUGUCUACCCACUCAGAGUCUGAUGAUGAUAGUGAGGGAAGUCCGAAGGUCUCUUCAAGGAGGAAGAAAAAUGAAAAACGGGGAAAGCAGAAGACCUCGACUCUGACUAAGUCUUCCUCCAAAGAAAAAACAGAAAAGGCUGCUAAGGGAAAGGGCAAGAACAAGUUGAACCCCAGUGAUGACAAGUUACGUGAUACAAUAUGUGAAAUUCUUAAAGAAGUUGACUUCAAUACGGCUACAUUUACUGACAUUCUGAAGCAACUUGAUAAGAAAUUCAACAUAGAUCUCACCCCAAGGAAGGCAUCUAUAAAGGUAAUUAUUCAGGAAGAGCUGACAAAACUAGCUGAAGCAGAUGAAGAUGAAGAAGGGGAUGCUGAGAAUGAUGAGACCCAAUCUACUGGCCAAGAGGUUGAAGCCUAGAUGUGACCGCUUGGAGACAGGUUUAGCAAUGUAGACUUUGACCCCAGUUAAUACGUCGUAUGUACACUUGGCAGAGUUAAAAUGGCUGUAACUUAUUCUUAGCAUCCAUCCAAUCUCUGAGACCACAAACCAGGAUUUGCAAAAUUCAGUGGAGGGCCUUGGAGGCUUUUGUUGUGCUCCUAGUCUGCAGUUUCUUGCGUACACAUGAACAGAACUUGUAGGAUUAUAUUGUCUAAAUAUAACUGACCAAUAGUAGUUUCAACAAUCUGCCUAGUUUAAUAAAUUAUUGACGUAAGUUGUAAUUGAUUGCAUGUAACGGUACUGCGUGGUCAAGUCUUUACCUUCUUAAUCUUCAGAUUUUGUUGUUGUAUAAUUUUAUAUGUAAUGGCCACUGCAUUUGUAUAUAUCUGUAUCAUGUGUUACGAAAUGACUUGUUCACCAGCUGUACCAUGCCAUUGAGCUGAACCUCAU